AUGGGCUCUCGUCAUGAGAUUAAUUCAAGCGCUGUGCGCAAAAGGAUUGAAAAUCAUGACUUCAGUAAUGAAGCCGGAGAGGAAUAUGAGGCCUCCAGCUUUGGCGGGUUUGGGGACUAUAUGCGGCGCAAAAAGAUGAAGCUGCAGAACCUCGAUGCUGAAAUCAGAGCCUCCGCUGGUGACUGCCCGCCGAUAUUCCGUGGCGUGGUUGCUCAUGUGAAUGGAUAUACCCAGCCUUCGCUUCAAGAUCUCCAUCGCAUGAUUGUUAGCCAUGGAGGUGGCUUUCUCCAAUAUCUGGAUGGAAAGACCGUGGCAACGCAUGUCAUUGCCAGUGCUCUUACACCCAAGAAGUGUGAAGAGUUCCGUCGAUACCGCAUAGUGAAACCCGCAUGGGUGACCGACAGUAUAAAGGCAGGCCGCCUACUCCCAUGGGAUGAGUAUAGAGUACUAGAUGAAGGUCAGACGCAAAAAGUGCUCAAAUUUGGCGAUGGCCGGUUCACAAGCCAGACAAACAGCCCUCGCACUGGCUAUAAGGAGCAAUCAAGAACCAGCUGGUAUACUUCCCAGUUGAGGGACGGGAGCUCAGGUGGUCAAGGUGACUUUGUAUCAUCAUCAAAACCAUUGACACCACCUGCACCACCACAAAUAGCACAAAAACCAACACCAGCUUUGCCGAGCCAGCCAUCUCAGUCAGAUUAUGGCGAUUUCCCUAGCUUCACCACAGAGGAUGAGGCACGAGAACAACCCACACCUCAACUUGAACAAAAUACACCAAUCAAUGGCCAAGCUGUACGAACUCCAGAGCAAACGCCAAAUUUAAACAAAGAGGACACAGCAUCAGAACCACCAUCUGAUGCAACGGAAACACCCUCACUUCUCCAAAAAAGCCCCAAGAAACCUGACCUCACCUCUGAAGAGUACAAUGCCCAGCUUCUUGCUGACCCAAGGAUGCAAAAAUCCAGUGUCAGUAAUCCUGACUUUCUACAGCAGUAUUACAGAGAGUCCCGUCUACAUCAUCUUUCAACAUGGAAGGCAGAGUUAAAGGCCCAACUUCAAGCAGCAACAAAGGAAAAGUCAAUGUCCCAGGCAUCAAAAAAGAAGCCACCACCAGGUGCAAGGAGAUACAUCUUGCAUGUAGACUUCGACUCAUUUUUCGCAGCUGUAUCCCUUCUCAAGCACCCCGAGCUGCGAGACAAACCAGUUGCUAUUGCACAUGGCUCUGGAUCAGGCUCUGAAAUCGCUAGCUGCAACUACCCUGCACGUGCGAAAGGUGUCAGGAAUGGAACGUGGAUGAAGGGUGCUUUGCAAGUGUGUCCUGAUCUCAAAGUCCUUCCCUACGAUUUCCCCGCCUACGAAGACGCCAGCCGUAAGUUCUACAGCUCAAUACUUGCCAUUGACGGGAUCGUGCAAAGUGUCAGUAUCGACGAGGCGUUGGUCGACGUCAGCAACCUGUGUAUAGAGGCCGGUGGAUCAGAUGGCAAGGCGGUUUCAGAAGGGUCAGUUGAUCGUGAGCAAGCCAAAGCAGAUGAGCUAGCUCAAGAUCUACGGGAUUCAAUAAAACAGAAGACCGGAUGUGCAGUCUCUGUUGGCAUUGGCAACAAUAUUUUGCUUGCAAAAGUGGCACUACGCAAAGCAAAACCUGCUGGCCAAUUUCAACUAAAGCCGGAAGCCGUCCUGGACUUUAUUGGAAAUCUCACCAUUCAAGAUCUCCCAGGAUUUGGAUAUAAUAUGGGAACCAAGAUGGAGGGACUUGGGGUGAAAUAUGUGAAAGAUAUCAGGGAUCUCACGAAAGAGAGAUUAAUCUCUGGACUGGGACCCAAAAACGGCAUCAAAUUAUGGGAAUACUCCCGCGGGAUCGAUCGAACGGAGGUUGGAGACCAAGUUGUGAGGAAGUCGGUUUCAGCUGAGGUCAACUGGGGCAUUCGAUUUGUCAACCAGGAGCAGGCAGAUGACUUUGUGAAAUCUUUGUGCGAAGAGCUGAAUCGCAGACUGAUGGAAAACCUGGUGAAGGGCAAGCAGCUCACACUCAAGGUUAUGCGACGGUCUAUGGAUGCACCGCUGGAGCCAGUUAAGCAUCUAGGGCACGGGAAGUGCGAUACCUUCAACAAAAGCAUUGCCCUUGGCGUUGCGACAAAUGCACCAGACAUCAUUGGCAAGGAAGCGAUAUCGAUGUUGAGAAGUUUCAAAUUCUCACCUGGAGAUUUGAGAGGGCUGGGGGUACAGAUGACCAGACUUGAACCAAUCAAGACUGGCUCUUCAGGCCUGGAAAGUAGCCAACGACAGCUCAACUUUUUCAAAUCUCCACCGCCAAAGAAGACCAUAGCAGAUAUGGAUCCCGACGAACUUGAAAGUCCAAGCAAAGACAACUCCAUCCGUAUUCAAGCAGACCCAGUACUCAGCGAUAGUGCCCAUAAGCCUCUCAACAUCUCGGGGUCUCAGUUUAUCAUGCCCACCCAAGCGGACCCUAAAGUCGUCUCCGAACUGCCAACGGAUAUCAGGUCAAGGCUUGUUGCCCAAGCAAAACCUCGACAAAUCCCUCGCUCAGGGUCUCCAUGUCCUCCCCCAAGUGUAUUGCGACAAUCUGCCCAAGCAGUUCUUCCUCCCCAGUCUCAACUUGACCCUGAUGCUCUAGCAGCAUUACCUGAAGAUGUCCGUAACGAAGUCUUAGGAUACUACGAUCACUCAUCAGCUGCCGCACCUCCACCACCCGCAGUUCCUGCCCAACAACCACCGACCGCUCCAUCACUUAAGCUGAAAAGACCAGCCUCACCACCCAAAAAGAGACGUGGUCGUCCACCAAAGAGCGCAUCGCUUGCAAACAAGGCCAAGCCUAUUACUCAGUCGAGUUUUGCCCUCCCACGACCGGCGGCUGUAUCUGCCAGACCCGAAGAACAGAAUUUGUCAAGACAGGCAUCACCAAGCAGCGAAGAGCAAACGGAGGCUUCUGCCGAGUUUCUUGCCGCGUUACCAGAGGACAUUCGACAAGAAGUGCUAGAGGAACAAAAGCGCACUCGCAUGCAACAGCGGCCACAACCGGUUGCACCCCUACAAAGGCCUACAUCUCGGGGCCAAGGACAGACUGCACACUCUGCACAAGCCCCGGUAGAGAAACGUCUCUCUCUUCCCCCUCUCCCCAAACGACCUGUAUUUACAUCGCAGCGCCUCUCACAAUUGCCAGAUCUUAGAGAUGCCGUCGGUUCAUGGCACAAGGCAUUUGCAGCUGGGGGCCCAUACAGCGAAGAUGUCACCUCAUUAUGUACAUAUCUCAGUAGUGUGACGAUGGAAGAGAAAGACCUGGACAAAGCUGUUUCGGUGGUGCGCUGGCUGAUGUGGCUCGUCGAUGAGCACUCGCGAGAGCAGAGACCAGAAGAGCCGCAUGGAUCCCGGCUUGAGGGAACUGUCACCUGGGACAAGGCUAUCUUAACGAUGGAAAGCAGUGUCCAAGGAGCUCUAGAAGAGAGAGGAUUGCCUCCUGUCGACUUUGAGUAA